AUGAGUACCAGGAAUCUAUCAGAUUUUACAGUGAAUCAGUUGAAAGAAAAAUUGCGAGAAUUGAAUCUUCCCUUGACCGGAAAUAAAAACGACUUAGUUGCGCGAUUAGCCGAGGCAGAUCCUUCGGGUCCGUGGACAGAGGAAGCUUCUGAUACAUUGGAGGAUGGUGAAGCGAUUCGAGGAGGCCCGAACGAAGCUAGCGCGGGGGCAUUGUCCCGUCACGAGCGAGAGAUCGAGUUAUACCGUCGCAAGAAAGAGUUAGCGGAACUAGAGUUGCAGUUGUUGCGGAGGGAGCUAGAGUUAGCCAGAGGGAUGCGGCAAUUAAACAUCGGAGAGCAUAGUCAGGCGGCGGAUCGAGAGAAUGUUUCACGUGAUUAUCCGAGACCCAGUGUCCGAACUCGUAGUUCGCGAUUUAGGGCCGAUAGCGCUCAUGGAUGUGAUAAUAUAACUAGCUUAUUUAAUGAUUCGAGAAACUUGACGGAAUUAACUGCGCGACUAGAGAAGGCUGAAGAUUUAUGGGCAGAUUUUGACAAAAUACAAACGGAAAUCGAGUUAGAGGAUGACACCGAAACGCAAUCUGAGCAUCGCGAUGCGUUCGAAACAGCAUAUUUUAAUGUAAUAGGUAGGGCGAGACAGCUUAAACAUGCGGGAUCACAACAAGCGAGUUCAGAUGUACAGCCACAAGCGAAUCACACGUGCGCUAAUCAAAACGUAAAUUUGCCCAUAUUGAAAUUGCCAGAGUUCAACGGAGAAUACAGUAAAUGGAUACAGUUUAACGAUACAUUCAAUGCAAUAAUUCAUAACAACAAUACGUUGAAUAUCACGCAAAAAUUUUAUUAUUUAAAGUCAUGCUUGAGUGGAGAGGCCGCUCAAGCAUUAGAUACAUUAGAGGUAUCGGACGCGAAUUAUGAGGUCGCUCGGGAUAUCUUAAGACAAAGGUUCGAAAACAAAAACAUUAUAAUACAUAGUCACGUAAGGGCUUUAUUCGAAUUAUCACAGGUAAUUAAAGAUUCACACACAUCUCUUAGAAGCCUCAUUGAUAGCAUGUCACAACAUUUGCGAGCUCUAAGGUCCUUGGGACAACCGGUCGAUGAAUGGGAUUCGAUGAUCAUUUUUCUUAUUACGUCAAAGUUAGAUACGAUAACGCGUAGGGAAUGGGAAAAGGCAACGGUCAAGCAUAGCGAAUUACCAACCACCAAUAGUUUCAAGGCCUUUUUAAACGAACGUUGUCAAUUUCUUGAAAAAUUAGCAAGAGACGAUAAACAGACGAACAAACAAAUUGGAAAUAAGGAAAAUAAGGAUAAAACAAGGUUAGGCACAUUGACGUGUUUAGCAUCAAACCUUGCAAAAUGCUUAUUUUGUAAGGGUUCGCAUAACAUAUAUUCAUGCAAGGAUUUAUUAAACUUAUCGGUAGAUAAGCGAUUAACACAAGUCAAGAAACUAAAAUUAUGUACGAAUUGCUUGAGAAGUAACCAUUUUAGUAGAGAUUGCAAGGCAGGUGGUUGUAAAAAAUGUAGCGGUAGGCACAACACGUUAUUACAUUUCAGUGACUCCAAAGGCGAAAAUGAGAAAGACGAUCAUUCGACUGCUAAUACGAACAGUGAAAACAGCGUAAAGGAAUCGGCGGUGGCCACACAUGCAUUACAAAUAAACAAUAAUUCAUAUAUACUGUUAGCGACGGCCAGGAUUGUCAUAUUCGACAACAAUGGUAAGCCUCAUCAAUGCAGGGCUCUAUUAGAUAAUGGAUCGCAGUCAAAUUUUAUUACAAAACGUUUGUCUCAAAAAUUAGGUGUCGCGGGGACGCCUAUAAAGCUUCCGGUUUGCGGAAUCAAUCAAAGUGUAACGACCAUUUCACAUAAAAUCAAUGCCUCCGUUAAGUCGUUUUACAAUGAUUAUAAGGCCGAAUUGUCAUUCUUGGUAGUUGAAAACAUCACGCAAGAAUUGCCAAACAAAUUUUAUAAUAUUUCAACAUUAAACAUACCGGAUGAUCUAUCAUUAGCGGAUCCGCGUUUUAAUUAUCCCGAUAGGAUAGAUCUACUGUUAGGCGCGGGUAUUUUUUGGGAACUUCUUUGUGCAGGACAAAUUCAAUUAGGUAAGGGAAGGCCAUUCCUUCAAAAAACGAGAUUAGGGUGGGUCAUAUCGGGACCUAUGGCACCUAUGUGCAAGGAAACAGUAUCCCUGUGUCAGGUCAGCACCAUCCAAGAAGUGCGCGACAAUUUAGAGCGUUUCUGGGAGAUAGAGGAAUGUUUCACAGCACCAAAAUAUACACGAGAGGAAUCUGAAUGCGAAGCAUUAUUCGUUAAAACCGCGGAACGCGAUGAGCAAGGUCGAUUCACAGUACAAUUACCGUUUCGAACAAAUGUAAAUAAACUCGGGGAUUCUUUAAAUAUGACAAUUAAACGAUUUUACGCAUUAGAACGGCGGUUAGCUAAAGAUCCGGAUCUUAAAAAACAAUAUUUAAAUUUUAUGAACGAAUAUCAACAACUCGGUCACAUGACAGAAAUUACCCUUGAGGAGAAGGAUCUUAACUCGGUCUAUUAUUUGCCUCACCAUAGUGUGGUGAAGGAAUCGAGCACAACUACAAGAGUACGCGUGGUAUUCGAUGCAUCAGCAAGGACAUCUUCUAAUUUAUCGUUGAAUGACGUAUUGAUGACUGGCCCGAUUAUACAAGAUAGUUUGUUCGCAAUAUUAGUUCGUUUUAGAGUGCACAAAUAUGUGUUUACAGCUGAUGUAAGAAAGAUGUACAGACAGGUCAAUGUUUAUGAACCGCAUCGUAACUAUCAGAGAAUUAUAUGGCGCCCAAAUGAAAGGGAACCUGUACGGCAUUUUAAAUUAAAUACGCUAACAUACGGUACAGCGUCGGCUUCAUUUGAGGCUAUACGAGCUCUUCAUCAAACAGCAAUAGACAAACGGGACGCGUACCCUGAGGCAUGUAACAUUAUUCUAAUGGACUUUUACGUAGAUGAUCUAAUCUCAGGAUCCGAUACAAUCAAGAGCGCGAAAGAUCUGGUUCAUAAUAUAAACACAGUACUAAGCAGCGGAUGUUUUCAACUACAUAAAUGGAAUAGCAACAAUGAAAAAAUAAUUGAGUCAUUACAAGCGGAACCGAGUACUAAUCAGAUACAACUGCCUCAGGAAGUCAAUUCGAAGACACUUGGUCUGUCAUGGAAUACUAGUAGCGAUACAUUACAUUAUCAGGCAAGCAACAUAAGUAAUAAAUCGAUUAAGGUUACUAAGAGAAAAAUAUUAUCAUUUAUAGCGCAGUUGUUUGAUCCGUUAGGAUUAAUUAGUCCGACGAUCGUCAUAGGGAAAAUUAUCAUGCAAAAAAUUUGGAAGGCAGGAAUCGGUUGGGACGAGUCGUUGCCCCUUGAGAUAUUCACGAUAUGGAAUCAAUUUUUCGAGGGUAUGAAAAACAUCAACGAAAUUUCGAUACCCAGAUGCGCAUGGGGUCAACGGUAUCAUAGUGUACAAUUACACGGAUUUAGCGACGCCUCGGAAGUAGCCUACGGCGCAUGCAUAUAUGUUAGAUCAGAAGACGAAGCUGGUAAUAUCACGUCUAAAAUCUUAUGCGCUAAAUCACGCGUGGCCCCGUUAAAAACGGUAAGUUUACCGCGGCUCGAGUUGUGUGGUGCGUUACUUUUAGCGCGAUUGUAUCAACAAGUAGUAGAGGCUUUAAGUCGUCUUGAUAGUCUACAUUGUGAUAGCUUCUAUUGGUGCGAUUCCACCAUUGUUUUAUCAUGGGUUACCACUGAACCCAGCCGGUUAAAAACAUUCGUAGCAAAUCGAACUGCUGAAAUACAGCGACUUACUGACGUCAAUCGUUGGUCUCAUGUGGUGAGUGACGAAAAUCCCGCGGAUAUCAUAACAAGGGGGAUGAGUCUAGGCAAGCUAGCGACAACUCGGUUGUGGUGGCACGGGCCACCGUGGUUGAAACUCAAAUCUGAGGCCUGGCCUAUCGUAAAUGCUGUUCCUCAAACUACAGUCCUUCCCGAGUUAAAGGAUAAUGAGGUGGUAUGCACUACGGUUAAAUUCAGUUGUGAUUUAUUUCAUCGGUUCUCAUCAUACACAAAAUUACUUCGCGUUACAGCCUAUUGCUUGCGAUUUAUUAAAAACGUAAGGGGGAGGCAGAAAUGUACCGGACUGUUAUCGGUCAAUGAAUUGAACGAAUCAUUAUUCACGCUGGUUAGAAUGAUGCAAUCCAUGCAUUUUGCGCCUGAAAUCAAUGACUUAGAACGCAAGGAAACAAUACGUGCAAAUAGCAGAAUAUUGUCACUAAAUCCAUUCUUAGAUGAGCAUCGUAUAUUAAGAGUAGGGGGUCGUUUAAGAUAUUCCGAGCUACCAUAUGAGCGGAGGCAUCCGAUAUUGCUACCGAGCAAUCAUUCGUUCACGCGCAUGAUUAUAAUUCACGAACAUGAAAAACAAAUGCACGCAGGAUUGGCUAGUACAUUAGCGGCAAUUAGAAUGCGUUUUUGGCCUCUAAAUAGCCGUAGUACAGUAAGAAAGGUAAUUUCGCGAUGCGUAAUUUGCUUUCGCGUGAAUCCGAAGAACACGAAAUAUCAAAUGGGAAAUCUGCCAGAAUCCCGUUUUAACUCUGACAAGCCAUUUGCAGUGAUCGGUAUAGAUUUUGCAGGACCCUUAGUAAUUAAAGACGGUAAGCUUAGAAAUAAAAAGAUUAUCAAAUGUUACUUAUGCGUAUUCGUCUGUUUCUCGACCAAGGCUGUACAUCUGGAGAUCGUUGGCGAUUUAACGAGCGAUUCGUUUUUAAACGCGUUAAAACGAUUUGUAUCGCGACGCGGAUUGUGCCGUCAUAUAUAUUCUGACAACGCCACUAAUUUUGUUGGUGCGAACAAAGAAUUGAACGAAAUCGCUAAAUGGUUAAAAUGCAUGGACAAGAAUGACAAAUUUAUAAACUUUUGUACCCAAAAUUUAAUAACGUGGCAUUUUACUCCACCACAUGCUCCAAAUUUUGGAGGUAUAUGGGAGGCGGCGGUAAAGAGCGCGAAAUAUCAUAUUAAGAGAAUAGUGGGCCAGGCCCAUCUAACAUUCGAAGAAUUGUACACAGUGAUCACGCAAAUUGAAGCGAUUAUGAAUUCUCGACCAUUAAUGCCGAUAUCAAACGAUCCAAAUGACAUGGAAAUAUUAACGCCGGGACAUUUUUUAAUUGGUGAGCCACUCACAGCGUUACCACAAAACUCCGUCACAGAAUUAUCUACUAAUCGAUUGAACCAGUAUCAGCGUCUGCAGCAGCUCGUUCAACACUUUUGGUCCCGAUGGAAUAAGGAAUAUGUGUCGAGUCUGCAGCAUCGUAGCAAAUGGAAAAUUGACACGCCGUCAAAGAUUAAACUAGGUACCAUGGUAAUAUUAAAGGAGGAUCAUACACCGCCACAGCAAUGGCGUUUUGGUCGCGUAAUGGAAAUUCAUCCUGGUAAGGAUGGAGUAGUACGUGUGAGACAGCACGAUCAAUUCGGAUCACUGAACGAAACACCCAGUAUAACGGCCAUCGCCGACCUCCUCAGUUUUUUCGACGGCAGCGGUGACUACGAGACGUGGGAGAAGCAAUUCAGGUUGCUGAGAGCAACGUAUCGCUUGAACGACGAGUACGCGAGACUUUUGGUGGGCAUGCGGCUAAAGGGAAAAGCGUCAGAAUGGCUGCAUUCCAAGCCCCAACACAUUGAACUGCCAGUAGAAACUUUAGUGAGCGAGAUGCGAGAAAUGUACGAUCAUCGCCCAAGUAAAAUGACGCUACGAAAGCAAUUUGAGGAACGCGUGUGGAAAAAGGAAGAAACGUUCCAGCAGUACGUUCACGAUAAAAUAAUUUUAGCCAAUCGUGUGCCAAUUAGCGAAGAGGAAAUUAUAGACUAUCUUAUCGACGGAAUACCAGCGGCAAACUUGAGAGACCAAGCACGAAUGAGCAGAUUCUCCUCGAAAGCAGAGCUAAUACAAGCUUUUGAGAAAGUGAUGCUUCGUGAUCGAACACGGACAAAUAGCGUGAAGAAGAACGAGCAGCAGAAAGGCGACGGAGAAGCGGCAACACGGAGGAGGAAGAGCGGAGAGGAGGAACGCGUCGAAGGAUGA